AAUUUAUUGCAGCACAUCACCAUUAUCUCUCUGCCUCCCACCCGUGCGCUCUCUGCAUCUUUCUCUUUCUCUCUAAUGGCGUUUCUUAUUUUUCUUCUUCCUCUUUCUCUUCUGUUCCUCUGUAUUUCAGUAUACUUCAUUUUCGUUCACUACUACAACAGUUUCAAUCUCAAGAAACAAGGUUUACCGCCAGGAAAUCUUGGGUUACCUAUCAUUGGUGAAUCCUUACAAUUAAUCUCAGCUUACAAAACUGAAAACCCAGAACCAUUUAUUGAUUCUCGUGUGAAUCGUUUUGGGAAAAUCUUCACUACUCAUGUUUUUGGGGAAACAACAGUUUUUUCAACAGAUUAUGAAGUGAAUCGUUUCAUAUUAAUGAAUGAAGGGAAAUUGUUUGAGUGUAGUUAUACUUCGUCGAUAUCGAAUUUACUUGGAAGAAAAUCUUUGUUGUUAUUGAAAGGGAAUUUACAUAAGAAAAUGCAUUCUCUUACUAAGAACUUCAUUAGUAAUUCCACUAAUGUUAGAGAUCAUUUGUUCUCUGAUAUUAAUCGGAUUAUUCAGUUCAACCUCGAUUCUUGGUCUAACAAAGUUUUUCUCCUUGACCAAACCAAGAAGAUAACAUUUGAAUUGAUAGUGAAGCAGUUAAUGAGUAUAGAUCCAACAGGGGUUGAUCAACAAUGGACAGAAUCUCUUAGAAAACACUAUCUAAUCCUCAUUGAUGGUUUCUUCAGUGUGCCCAUCCUUUUUCUCUUCACUCCAUACUACAACGCCAUCCACGCAAGGAAGAUGGUGGCCGAGGAGAUAAGGGUUAAGGUUAGAGAGAGGAAAAGAGAGAAAGAGACGAUGAUGACAGGAAGUGAUGAUCAUGAUGAAGAUAUCCGAAAAGAGAAGAAAGACAUGUUAGGGAUGUUAUUAGAUGUAAUGGUUGGAAAACGAGAUCAAGAUCAUCAAGGUAGUAAUGUGGACAUCCAUGAUCCGGCCGAUCAGGAGAGAAAGGUAGAGGAAUAUGAGUUAGAAGAUGAAGAAGAGAUUGUUGACUUUUUGCUGUCUCUGAUACUUGGCGGCUAUGAAACCACAUCUACCAUCAUGACUCUUGCGGUCAAGUUUCUUACAGAGACACCUCUUGCUCUUGCUCAACUCAAGGAAGAACACGAACAGAUAAAGAAUGCAAAGAAGGAGCAAAAGGAUGGGCAAUUAGAGUGGAGUGAUUACAAAUACAAUAUGCCUUUUACUCAAUGUGUAAUUAACGAGACUCUAAGAGUAGCUAACAUUGUUAGUGGAGUAUUCCGAAGAGCAAUGACAGACGUUAGCAUCAAAGGGUACACGAUUCCCAAGGGAUGCAAGGUGUUUACAUCAUUUAGGGCGGUUCAUCUUAAUCAAGAUCACUUUAAAGAAGCUACUUCAUUCAAUCCUUGGAGAUGGCAGCAGAAAAAGGGGGAUACAGAUCAACUAGUAGGACCAUCAAAAAUGAUGUUGAAUCUGUUUACACCAUUUGGAGGUGGCCCAAGACUCUGCCCUGGUUAUGAACUAGCCAGAGUCGAAAUCUCUGUCUUCCUUCAUCACCUUGUCACCACUUUUAGUUGGACUCCGGCAGAGGAAGACAAGCUUGUGUUUUUCCCUACAACUAGGACUCUCAAGCGCUACCCAAUUUACCUUCAAAGACUAAUGUAAUGCGGCUAAUGCCAGAUGUAGGGGAGAUUUGGAGAAUAUUUUUGUGGAAUCCUUUGUGGUAAAUAAAUAAAGGGAUAUUUAAGAAACUGACACAUUUGCAUAUCCCGAUUCAAGAAAAUGUCACCUUUUUUUCCAGAGUUUAUUAAAUGCCACAACUGUUAAUAAUUCUGUUAAGGCCCACCUAAGUUAGUCAAUUUUGUUGGAACGAGUCAACAUCUUACCGGAAAAAAUUAAAAUUUAAUUGGAAUUACUG